AUGUUGAACAAACAAAACAGAAUAUCUUAUCGUAACACUGUUCGAGACAGUGUCAAUCAAUUCAGAAUUAACCUCAAUUACCGACUUCUUCACGUUUUUUCAAAAUUCACUGCAUGCAUUGAUGAUACUGAAAGAGAGCAAGACUUAUCCAAUGAAUUACCACAACUGAAGUGCAUGUCUCUUGAAUUAGUAACAGUAUUAAAGCAACGCAAAGUUAUACUCAAUGUUGGAGGUAAAAAAUAUACCACGAGUAUUGAGACAUUAACGCGUGAAACAGAUACUUUCUUCACUGGAUUCUUCUCUGGACAAUGGCAACUCGCAAUAGAUCCUAAUGAUAAUAGUAUAUUCAUUGAUCGGAAUGGUCAAAUCUUUACUCAUAUUCUUGAAUGGUUACGUACAAGUAUAGUGUCAGAAAAAAUAAUGCAAGACGCAACACUUUUAAAAAGUCUUAUAAUCGAAGCCGAAUAUUUUCGUUUACAAGGUCUGCUGGAAAUAUUAGUGAAUGAAUGCUUUCCGGAUGGAACGUUGCUUCAAUCACAACAUAAGAAGAUUUUGAAUCAAUUUUAUCAUAAAAUAUAUCAACGAUGGGAAUUAAUUUAUAAAGGAUCACGUGAUGGAUUUCAUGCAGAUGCAUUUCAUUCACGAUGUGAUAAUGAAGGAGCAACAAUAACGAUUAUUCAAUCAGACCAAAAUUAUCUUUUUGGAGGUUAUACAUCUGUGUCAUGGACUUCGAAUGGUGGAUACAAGACUGACCCGACUGCAUUUUUAUUCACAUUGACGAAUCCUCACAAUAUUCAACCGACGAAAUAUCCCAUCAAGUCAGACAAGGAAGAUGAAGCAGUUUGUCACAACAGCAGCUACGGUCCGAGAUUUGGAAAAGGUACUGAUAUUAGUGCGGGAAAUGGUGGAACUUCGAGACAUUCACAAUAUACUAAUUUUCCUACAACAUAUAGUGAUACGACUGAAAAAGGUGAUACUACAUUUACUGGUGCUAAGACGUUUACACUAUUGGAAAUUGAAGUUUUCAAAUUGGUUUAA